AUGUUGAAGCUUUUAAUAGUUAUUACUUGUUUUCUAUUGAAUUUGUCACAAGCCGACGAUGCACACUGUAUCUGGUAUCAACAAUGCGGACUUAAUCCAUCAGGAAAAGUAACUAAUUGUUACUAUAAUGGGACAGCAAAAUUAUUAACGGAUCCCACCGCAUUGAAAACAUUAGAAACGGCUUGUGGUAUGGUAUACAAUGGUCCCAAUAGCACGUAUACUUGUUGUGCACCGGAUCAAAUAGCGAAUAUGGCAAAUCAAUUCGGUAUGGCCAAAUUAAUGUUAGGACGUUGCCCGUCGUGUUACUACAAUUUUCGAUCGUUAUUUUGUUCGAUGACAUGUAGUCCAGAUCACAAUCGGUUUUUGACUGUUAUAGAUUAUGGUACUAGUACAUUGCAUCCAGGCGAAACAACAGUCGAAGCAAUUAACUAUACAAUAGCUGAUGAUUUUGCUGAGCGUAUUCUUACGUCUUGCAGAGAUGUUCUAUAUCCUGGCGGUAAUCAACAUUCUCUUGAUUCAAUGUGCGGUCGACCUUAUGAUCAAUGCACCAAAGAAGCAUUUAUGCAAUAUUUAGGCAUCGAUAAUCCUCAAGUACCAUUUCCUAUUCACAUUCUAUUUUCCAAUAAUACCAGUGAAGCGGAAAGUUAUUAUAACCAGACAACAUUUUUAUGCAAUGAGCCAAUUCUAUCAAGAUAUGAGAAUAAAACAGCUUGUGGUUGCUUAGAUUGUCAAAAGUCUUGUAGUCCAACCCCACCCGAUGUUCCAGAUAAAAAAUUUACAAUUUGGAAUCUAGAUGGAUGGUUUGUUAUUGCAAUGGUUGGCAGUGUUCUUUUACUAUCGACUUUUUUUCUUUCGACAUUUACAAUUUCGAAAUUACGGAAACCUCGCGCAACGGAAUAUCGAUUUACAGACACGAUCACUUUGAUACCGCCAGUGAACCCACAGAAAUCUUCUGGACGCAUGAAACAUAUUCGAAAAAGUACUGAACAAUUUCUCGAACGAAUUUUCUUCCGUUUGGGUCUUUUCUGUGCUCAACGACCGUAUUUAGUUUUAACCAGUGGUUUAAUCGUCAUUGCCAGUCUUUCAUGUGGUUUGAUUAAAUUUAAAGUAACCACUGAUCCCGUACAAUUAUGGUCAGCGAAAUCAAGUAUCGCACGGCAACAAAAAGAUUAUUUUGAUCAACAUUUUCGGCCAUUCUAUCGAACAACACAAUUAAUUAUCAUACCGGAUGAUCAAUCAUUUGUUAAGCACACUUACUUAUCUCCGCCGGCACCACUCAGUGAAUAUACAGUAGGUCCUGCAUUUGAAAUAGGCUUUCUAUCGCGUGUACUUGAACUUCAAACCGACGUACUUUCACUUACAGCUAACUUAAGUGAACAGAAUCAAACGGUUUAUUUAUCCGACAUAUGUUUAAAACCUUUAGCACCCGACAAUGAAAAUUGUACUGUUCUCUCACUUCUUCAAUACUAUCAAAAUUCGAAGGACAAUUUAUUGAGAACUGUUGGCGAUGAAUUUUUCACUUAUUUCGAUUAUGCAACACAUUUUCUCACUUGUUCACAAGCGCCAACAACAACACUCGAUAGUCCAUUGGGUUUAUCAUGUUUUGGAGAUUUCGGGGGAACAAUAAAUCCAUUUAUGGUUCUCGGAAAUUAUACAGAUACAGCGUAUGCCAACGCCACAGCUCUUGUCAUCACAAUUGUGAUUGAAAAUUCAAAUGAUCCAGAAAAGAUUCGAUUAGCUGAAGCAUGGGAAAAAGUUUUUCUUGAUUUUAUGAAAAAUUUCACUGAAACUCAAAAGACACUGAGAGACUCCGGCAAAUGGAAUCAAUCAGCUAAUUUUACUGUUUUCUAUAGUGCUGAACGUUCGAUUCAAGAUGAAUUAAAUCGUCAAAGUCGUUCGGAUAUAUUAACCAUAGUCAUAUCAUAUACAAUUAUGUUUCUCUAUGUAACAUUAACAUUGGGUCAUAUUCGUUCGUGGCGAACAUUUUUAAUUGAUCUAAAAAUAUCCGUCGGAUUUAUCGGGGUUCUUUUUGUUUUGUUAUCAGUCAUGAGUUCCAUAGGAUUUUAUUCCUAUUGUGGUAUUGCCGGUACUUUAAUUAUCUUUGAAGUUAUACCAUUUCUUGUGUUAGCCGUCGGAGUGGAUAAUAUAUUUAUCAUCGUACAACAUUUUGAAAAAGCCAAAACCGAAGAAUAUCAAUCGUCGGAUAUGCGUUUAGCAGCAACGGUUAGCCGUGUUGGUCCAUCGAUAUUGUUAACAGCAACAAGUGAAUCCAUCGCGUUUCUUGUCGGAUCAUUAACACCUAUGCCGGCUGUACAAAUUUUUUCAUUAUACGCAUUUAUGGCCGUGUUUAUUGAUUUUCUCUUGCAAAUAACCUGUUUCGUAUCGGUACUUGCCAUUGAUGCUCGACGACAAGAUGCCGAUCGACCUGAUUUAGUUUGUUGUUUGCCAAUGAAUGUUUCAAACAAUUCAACAGAACAAAAAUCUAAAGGAGUCCUGCAGCAAAUGUUUACGAACGUACUGACACCCAUAGUUUUAGGAAAAUCGUUAGUGCGCGCAAUUAUUUUCGCUAUAUUUAUUAUUCUAACGUGUUUAUCAUUAUCAACGAUACAUCGAAUACCUAUUGGGCUCGAUCAAAAACUAUCAAUGCCAAAGGACUCCUAUGUUCUAGAUUAUUUCCGUGGUUUAGAAGAAUAUUUAAGUGUUGGCCCACCUGUAUAUUUUGUUGUCAAUCAAGAUGCUAUCGACUAUAAACGUAUCAAUGAUCAAGAUCUACUCUGUGGCACAUCCGGUUGCUCAUCAAUGUCAUUACUUGGGCAAAUCGGACAAGCAUUGAGACAACCGAAACAUUACUAUUUAGCACAACCACCUUCAUCAUGGCUUGACGAUUAUUUCGAUUGGCUACAAUCAACGAACGAUCCGCCGUGUUGUCGAAUUCAUAAUGAAACAAAUGAAUUUUGUCCGGCUACAUUAAAUGAUACAUCCUGUGUCAAUUGUCCGAUAAAUUUCGUCGAAAAUGAACGACCAUCGCCGGAUGAUUUUCCACGAUAUAUUAAUUUUUUUCUACACGAUAAUCCUGGUGAAAAAUGCCCGAAAGGUGGUCAUGCGGCGUAUAAAGAUGCUGUACAAUUAAUUAAUAAUACUUAUGUAAAGAGUUCAUAUUUUAUGGGUUUUCAUUCUGUACUUAAAACAUCAGCGGAUUUUAUUGGUGCUAUGAAAAGUGCGAAUGAAAUUGCCAAAGCUAUUUCAAAAACGAUAUUAACCAAUCAAACUAAACCUUAUCACGAUUCAAAUCAACUUCAAGACUAUGCAGUUUUUCCCUAUAGUGUAUUCUACGUAUUUUAUGAUCAAUAUUUAACUAUUUGGAAAAAUUUAAUCGUCAAUUUAUCUGUAUCGUUCGCUGCUGUUUUCCUUGUAACAUGCAUUUUAUUGGGCUUCGAUAUCCAUACGUCAUUCAUUAUAAUUCUUUGUGUGUUUAUGAUUAUUAUUGAUAUGUUUGGCGUUAUGUACUUAUGGCAUAUUGAACUAAAUGCUAUUUCUGUUGUAAAUAUUGUGAUGUCUGUUGGCAUAGCUGUUGAGUUUUGUGCGCAUAUAGCUCGAUAUUUUGCUGUAAGUCAAGGCACUAGUCGGCUUCAUCGAGCAAAAAUAGCUUUAUCGGAAAUGGGUAGUUCGGUAUUUAGUGGCAUCACAUUAACGAAGAUUGGCGGUGUUGUUGUUCUUGCAUUUGCAAAAUCACAAUUAUUUCAAGUAUUUUAUUUUCGUAUGUAUUUAUCUCUGGUUAUUAUUGGUGCAUUACAUGGCUUGAUUUUUCUGCCUGUUCUACUUAGUUAUUGUGGUCCAGCCGCGUUGGAUGUGAUUGAUGAUAGGAAAGAAGAAAAUCAAACGAACGUAAUUGUUGACAUGACACCCGACGGAACUGAAGUUUAUGAUCAUGAAAAUUCUGUUCAGUUUAUUGUAACAGGAAAAGAUUAUUAA